UACGGAAAAAAAAAAAAGAAACCCACAAAUAGCAUUAGCAAAACCUUCUCCUCUGCACGUCUUCUUCUUCGACUUCAGGAAUGUCGGAAAAACGGAUCGGCGGCGAGGGUUUAUCGGCCAACCUGGCCGGAAUGUCGAAGAACCAACUGUACGAUAUAAUGUCUCAGAUGAAGAAUCUGAUUGAACAGAACCAGCAACAAGCCAGGCAGAUCCUCAUCCAGAACCCUAUGUUAACCAAAGCUCUCUUCCAGGCACAAAUUAUGCUUGGAAUGGUGCAACCACCUCAAGCGGUUCCAAAGGUUCAGCCAAUUGUACCGCAAAACACUCAGCCGUCGCCGCAGCCGAACGUUCAGCCUGCCCCUUUAUUGCCUGGGCAAGGUGGUUCUCAGGAUCAAGCAGGUGUAUCGCAACCCCAAAUUCCUCUGCGAAAACACCCAAACCAACCUCCACCACUGGUCUCAUCAACUGCUGUUCCUGCAAUGAGUCAUCAAUCUCAGCCGAUGGCCGCACACUCUUCCCAACUGCCACAGCAACCUAAAGGACAUCUCGCUCCCCAAGUGGGUUCGGGGCCACUUCCACAAUCGUCACAACUUCCAAACGUACCGACCCCUUCGCUCCAUUCAUCUGCACAACCAUUGCAGACACCUGGAUUUUCACAUAUGCCUCUGCAACCACAGUUGCCACCGCAGCACCGACCACCGUCAGUACCUAAUUACCAUUCCCAGUACCCUCCACAAAUGGGUGCCAGUGUGGGUUUUCAACAUGCUGGUGCUCCUCACAAUCUUUCGCAAUCCAUGUUUCUUCCAGGUAUAAAACCACCUUCAAGUGGUGGAUCCACAUUUCCACAGGGGCAGACCCCCCUGCUUCCAAGUCAACAAUCGUCGCAAUCGCAUUAUCAGGUUGGGAAUAUGCCUUUAGGGCCUGAUUUUGGCAGUCAAGCUGGAAGUGCAAUGCACGUUGAUAGAGGGUCUUCUUGGAUGCCUGGUCCUUCGGAAAACCCAACACCGCUUUCUGUGCCUCCAGGACCACCAUCUGUAGUGCCUGGUUUGAUGGGAGCUGCUAAUCAACCACUUCGGCCUCCCGCGUUGACCCCGGAGAUGGAGAAGGCACUACUUCAACAAGUCAUGAGUCUCACACCAGAGCAGAUAAAUCUACUUCCUCCAGAACAAAGAAAUCAAGUGCUGCAGCUUCAACAGAUGUUGCGUCAAUGAUGUAUUUGGCAGGCAUUAUUCUAUGAUCAAAUUUAUUGGAUUCAAUGAAGUUUUGUAGAGGUUGAUAAUUAAAUAGGAGUGAAUUCAAUCGUAUAAUCAUGCUAAGAAAUUUAAUUCUAUAAGCUUUCUCAAUUCCAUA